GCGCGCCGCGGCCCCGGGAGCCUGCGGGCCCCGCCGACAACCCUCUUUUCCCGUCUCUUGACCCAGCAUUUCCGGGGAAGGAAGAACCGGUGCUACCGGCUUGCCGUUAGGGCUGUGACGAGAGCGUUUGUGAAAUGCACGAAAGCCCGGAGACUGAAGAAGAGGAACAUGAGAACGCUCUGGAUUAAUCGGAUUUCAGCCGCCUCCCAGGAGCACGGCUUGAAGUACCCAGCUUUCAUCGUCGGCCUAAUCAAGUGCCAGGUGGAGCUUAACAGGAAAGUGCUCGCAGAUCUAGCCAUCUACGAACCAAAGACUUUUAAAUCUUUGGCUGCUUUGGCCAAAAGGAGGCGACAAGAAGGAUUUGCUGCUGCCUUGGGGGACGGGAAGGAACCUGAAGGCAUAUUUUCCAGAGUGGCUCAGUACCGCUGAGGGGACCCCGACACCACCUGCCCUUUGUCGCUGAGUGUCUUAGGACGAUCUAGCUGUAGAAGGACUGACAAUCACGGCCAGUUUUGAUUUGCAGUCAUGUUAACAUUUCAGUGACAGUGUGAGAGGAAAGGUCCUGCCUUCCCUCGUUGGGACAGACUGGAAAUAAAGGUUGUGCGAAUAAAG